AUGGGUUGUUGUAUUAAUAGUCCUUAUAUCUAUCCUGAUGGAGGAGUAUAUGAUGGUGAACUAAAAAAUGGUCUUCCUGUAUGUCAUUAUUUUAAUAUAGAAUGGAAAAGGUAAAAUAUAGUGGAAAAAUGGAGAUUAUUUUGAAGGAAAUUUUGAAGGAGGUUAGAAAAUUGGUAAAGGUAUAUUUAAAUGGAAUGAUUAAUCAUAUUAUGAUGGAGAAUUUUAAAAUGAAAAUUUUCAUGGCUAUGGUGAAUAUUAAUGGUAUGGAGGAAAACUGUACAAAGGAUAAUGGGUAAAUGGGAAAAUGGAUGGACAAGGAAUAUUAAUAGAUGAUGGAAAACAAUAUCAAGGUACAAUAAUUUAUUUAUCUGAUAAGGUUAAUUUAAAAAUGACAAGAAAGAAGGUCAAGGUGAAAUGAAAUGGUCCAAUGGUUAAAAAUAUAUUGGAGAAUGGAAAAAUGGAAAAUAACAUGGUAAAGGUUAAUUGAUUGAUGCUCAUGGUCAUGUUAUAGAUGGUUAGUGGAUUAAAGGCAAGAAAUAAUGA